AUGGCUUCUUUCAUCACCACCAUGUCUGUCCCCGCUCCUCCUACCCCUGUUCAUUCCUCCACUGCCUCGGGCGUGUCUCGAUCGUCCCCAAAUCGAUCCUCCUCUUUGAGCCUGAGCCCCUCGUUCUACCAGACGACCCGCACCUCCCAUGUCCCUUUACUAGAACCACCAUCCUAUCUUUCACCUGCUGUUCGCGCCCUCAAACAAGGCUGCUUUGGACUGACACCUCCCAGCAAUGCACGCACAAGGGCUCCCUUCAAGCCUCGAUCUGCCGCCAAAGGCACGAGCAGUUACCAGUUGAGACAGUUCGCCGAAGCCACAUUAGGUAGUGGUAGCUUGCGCAAAGCUGUAAAGCUUCCCGAAGGCGAAGAUUUGAACGAAUGGCUUGCGGUCAACGUUGUCGAUUUCUACAAUCAAAUCAACCUCCUAUACGGAUCCAUAACAGAAUUCUGCUCACCACAGACAUGUCCUGAGAUGAAGGCUACGGAUGAAUUUGAGUACUUGUGGCAAGACUCAGAGAAAUUCAAGAGACCUACAAAGAUGUCUGCACCGGAAUACAUUGAACACCUGAUGACUUGGGUCCAAGGAAAUAUUGAUAAUGAACAAAUGUUCCCGAGCCGAAUCGGCGUCCCAUUCCCCAAAACCUUUCCAAGUCUCCUGCGUCAGAUCUUCAAGCGAUUGUACCGAGUUUACGCCCAUAUCUACUGCCACCAUUACCCAGUUGUAGUCCACCUUGGCCUUGAGCCACACCUCAACACCAGCUUCAAGCAUUACGUCUUAUUUAUCGACGAGCACAAAUUGGCCAGUGGGAAGGAUUACUGGGGACCCUUAGGCGAUCUAGUCGACAGUAUGUUGCGCAGUGACUAA